AUGCCCGGCGAACCUCAACCAGCUCAAAAGCGCCCACGACUCCCCUUCAAACCUCCCAGUCGCACGACCAGCGCGGGGCCAUCCAGCUCCGUGCAGAAGGCCAAAGGAAAAGCGAAACAAACCAGCACAAAAGCCUCCACGUCCACAACCGUGCCCAAAACAACAAAAAGCAAAUCCAAGACUCAGAGCAAGUCCGCAACCCAGAGCAAAUCCACAAGCAUUGGGAAACGCCCCAGACCCGAUUCUCCAGUAGCCAAUGCCAAUGCCAAUGCCGCCUCCGAAUCCGAAUCCGAGUCCGACUCCAAUGGAUCGAGCCGCAGUCGCUCGCGCUCGCUCUCUCAGGAGCCGGACUAUAUCCUUGCUGAAAUAACAACUACAAACCCAGCAGAGGACGUGACGUCUAGCGACCCAAAAAUACCUACAAAACUGCUCACACGCCUGUUGCAUCAGAAUUUCCAGAAUGAGAAAACUAAGGUCGCGAAAGAUGCCAAUAGCGUUGUCGCCAAGUAUGUUGAUGUCUUUGUGAGGGAAGCCAUUGCCCGAGCUGCUUAUGAGAGGGCCGAGUCAGAUGGAAAUAUUGGGGGCAGGGGUCUUGGGGACGGGUUCCUUGAGGUUGAAGAUCUUGAGAAAAUGGCGCCGCAGCUUACGAUGGAUUUCUAGCCUCUGCGUCUCUCCUACCAAGGGUCAUGGCGUUGGGUCAAAUCCAUCAUGUAUUAGGGCUUAUUAUUUAUUGUUCAUGAUACCGCAGCAUCAGC